AUGCAUGACUCAAAGCUCACCACCCUCAAUGCAUUAGACGAUGGCGCACCCUCACUCCAACCCCUCCUCCCCUACAUCAUCUCCAUCAUUCUCCUGAUCUUCCCACUAAUAACCUACCUCCGCUCAUCCCCCCCAAACCCCCGAGGCUGUCGCCGCCUCGGCACCAGAAAAAGCAACAUCGCCGAUGAAUUCGACCCCCAAUACAGCGAGGGCUCCCCCAGCGACGCCAUCGACCCCAAGACCGGUCUCCCGGCAUGGCGCAUUAAAGCCCUAUUCGUUUACCCGAUCAAAAGCUGCACGGGGAUCGAGCUAGACACCGCAGAGGUGAUUGACACCGGCCUGAAAUACGACCGACUCUUCUGCUUUGCCGAGUACAUCGAGGCGAAGCCAACCCCUACCCCUGCUCCCGCCACCUCAUCGAACGAAGCUGCUGCGCAAGAAGCAACCGGGCACUGGACCGCGCGCACCCUGCGCGACCGCCACUUCUGCAACCUCGCCCUCGUGCGGCCGGAGCUCUGGGUCCCGGAUCCCACCAGCCCAGACUACUCCCCCUCACUCCCAGAAGUGCAAUCCGAGGGCGUGCUGAUCAUCCACUACCCGCGCACGCUGCCCACCAGCCUAGCCAGCCUGCCCCUCCUCCCAGCUCUGUUCAAGCUAGCCCUCACGCUGCGCCUGUGUCCCCGCGAGCAGUCCUUCCGCGUUCCGCUUACCCCCGCCUCCAACCCCAGCCCUAAGACUGCAGGGGAAAGCUACCCCCUCCACCCCCUCAAGAUCUGGAAAGACACGCCCCUCGCCCACGACUACGGCGAGCACCUCCCACCCUCCCUCCGCCGCUUCCUGGCGGACCCCAACACCACAACACAAAAACCCCUCACCCUCUUCCGCGAAUCCGCCGCCCACCACCGCCAGAUCUUCCGGAACGCGCCCCCCAAGGCGCAGCUGGGCUUCCAGACCGUCACCGGCUUCCAGGACGCGUACCCGCUCCAUCUCCUCAACCUGGCCAGCGUCCGCGAUGUGGCUGCGCGGUGUCAGACAGACAUCCCCCGGUUGACGGUGCGCCGGUUCCGCGCGAAUGUGGUCGUGCAGGGGCCGGGGCGGUUUGAGGAGGAUGCGUGGCGGAGGGUGAGGGUCGGUGGUUCGGGCGGGAGGUUUGACCCUAAGGGAGGGGAUGGGGGGGAGGAGCGAGGGGUGGAGAUUCAUCUGGCGUGUCGGACGAUGCGGUGUCGGUUGCCGAAUGUCGAUCCGGACACCGGGGUGCGCCAUCGCGCGGAGCCGGAUCGCACGCUGAAGGCGUAUCGGCGGAUCGAUCGGGGGGAUCCCACGAAUGCGUGUCUGGGGAUGCAGUUGGUUCCUGCGGUUCGGAACUUCACGCUUCGCGUCAAUGAUCCGAUCACGGUCCUUGAGACGGGCGAGCAUUGCUAUAUCAAGAUGUUGGCGCCUGGUGAGGUGGUCGAAGGAGUCUGA